AUGACAUUCUUAUUAGCUGGACACAUAACCACAAGCAUUUCAACAAGUUGGGCACUAUAUCAACUUGCACAUCAUCCACAUGAACAAGAUUUAUUGCGGGAAGAAUUAGUUAGAGCCUUUCCAGAAAAGUCAAAAUUUAAUCCCACUUUUGAUGAAAUCAAUUCUUUGGAGUACUUAAAUUGUGUUGUAAAGGAAGCGUUAAGAUUAACACCUCCAGCUCCGGAUAUUCAACGAGUAAAUAAUAAAGAUGUAGUUCUUGAUGGUCAUUUUAUUCCAAAGAAUACAACAUUGAUGAUCCCAAUUGCAGCACUUCAAAGGUUACCAUCAAUUUGGGGUUCAACAGCCGAAAAUUUUGAUCCAAACAGAUGGUUAGAUCCUUCUUUAAUUAAAAAAGUAAACAAUUAUUAUUACUUGCCUUUCCAUACUGGUAUCAGAUCUUGUAUUGGUAACAAAUUAGCCUUAAAUGAAUUUAAGAUAUUAUUAAGUAUGUUAGUUAGAAAUUUUGUAUUUCGUCCAGUCGAGGGAAUACAGAUUGAUAGAGAUAGAAUUGGUAAAGUCGAUCAACACGUUGAAUUAAUGGUCUCCAAAGUUGAAACUUAA